AUGGAGGUAAAACAGAUUGCCAUCAUUGGUGCCGGGGUCAGCGGACUGGGAGCCAUUAAGAGCUGCUUGGAGGAAGGACUUGAGCCUACUUGUUUUGAAAAGAGCAAUGACAUUGGAGGGCUGUGGAGAUAUGAGGAGACAUCAGAAAGUGGAAGGCCCGGGAUAUACAAAUCUUUGACCUGUAAUACAUCCAAGGAGAUGACAGCCUUCAGCGACUACCCCUGUCCUGACCAUUACCCCAACUACCUGCACAACUCCAAAAUGAUGGAGUAUCUCAGGAUGUACGCCAGGCACUUCGGGCUCAUGAAACACAUCCAGUUCCGGACGGAGGUGUGCAGCGUCAGGAAGCACCCUGAUUUUUCAUCCUCUGGCCAGUGGGAGGUUGUAGUGGAGGUUGACGGGAAGCAGAAAACCUAUAUCUUUGAUGGGGUCAUGGUCUGCAGCGGCCACUACACUGAGAAGUAUCUGCCCUUGCAGGAUUUUGCAGGAAUCAACAGGUUCCGAGGCCGCUAUCUUCACAGCUGGGAGUACAAGCACCCGGGGAGCUUUGAGGGGAAGAGAGUGGUAGUGAUCGGCAUUGGGAAUUCUGGAGCAGAUGUGGCAGGCGAGAUCAGUAGUGUCGCCGAGCAGGUUUUUCUCAGCACAAGAAGAGGGACCUGGAUAUGGAACCGAGUUUGGGAUAAUGGGAAUCCCUUGGACACCGCACUCUUCACCCGUUAUAACAGAGCCAUCCAAAGGUUUUAUCCCAAGUUCUUGAUCAACAGAUGGGCAGAGAAUAAACUAAAUGCAAGGUUUAACCAUGCCAAUUACGGACUGCAGGCUAAACACAGGUUUCUCAGCCAUCAGUCUAUCUUCAGCGACGACCUGCCAAACCGCAUCAUCACGGGAAGGGUGCUGGUGAAGACCAACGUGAAAGAGUUCACCUCGACAUCAGCCAUCUUCGAGGAUGGCUCUGAGGAGACCAUAGAUGUCAUCGUCUUUGCCACAGGCUAUACCUUGUCUUUCCCUUUCUUGGACCACAGCUCUGAGGUCCUGGACGACGAGCACACAAUGUUCAAGUUUGUCUUCCCUCCUCAGCUCGAGAAGCCAACUCUAGCCUUCAUUGGCAUCCUCCAGCCAGUUGGAGCCACCAUUCCCACGUCAGAGCUCCAAAGCCGAUGGGUGGUACGUGUGUUCACAGGACUGAAAAAGUUACCCUCACAGACUGACAUGAUGGCGGACAUUAACAGAAGGAAAUGGAAAAUGGAAAAAGAGUUUGUGAAAAGCCCCAGAGGCACACAUCGAGUGCAGUAUAUUGACUACAUGGAUGAAAUCGCUUCCGAGUUAGGUGUCAAGCCCAACCUGCUCUCUCUCUUCCUCUGGGAUACAAAGCUGGCCAAGGAGAUUUUCUGGGGACCCUGCACCCCAUACCAGUACCGCUUACAGGGGCCAGGGAAAUGGGCAGGGGCUCGGGCAGCCAUCCUCACUCAGAGAGACCGGAUCCUCAAGCCACUGAGAACGCGGGUGCUCAAACACCCUGAGACAUCAUCCUCUAGCCUGUCUUGGUUCAGAUGUAUCUGCAUUGCCAUUUUUCUCUUUGUUCCUGUGUUAGUUAUCAUGCAAGUGAUAUACCACUAA